GUAAAAACACGCAGCUAAUAGCUCCGCUCCCACUAGUGGCCCCCUAUCUGCUCACGUUGUGCGCCGGGCGGAGUUUGGCAUGAGUCUGUCGGGAUAAAGAGAAAAGAUGGACCGGUGCCGCUAACCAAGGCCAACUUCCCACUAAGGAGUAGAGCGGAUCCUCACCACAGGCGAUUUACCUGCUGAGUCCAGCUGUUUUUUGUUUACAUCCUCCCAAUGGGACUCUUGCUAUAACCACGAGGACACUUGGAUAUUACAUCCGGUCAGAAAUACAGAUGGACCUUUUUGUUUUUUGAUGUUGCCCGAGAUGAAAAUAUUAAGAUGAUCGUCCAGAGCUCCAUCCUAUAGUUGUCUUUAUGAAGACCAUAUGUUGACGCCAGAUAAGGGGCCAGUUGAGGCCAAGGCGUAGAGAUUGAGACUUGUACUCGACCCAUCUGACUCGGGCCGAUCCAGAAGACCUCGCCGCUCAGCUGUCUUGAAAAUGGAGCUGUAUUUUAACCCCUUUGACAGUUUGGUGUGUAUCCUCCUGGGUAUCUCCCUCACUGUGUGGUUCACACUGCUGCUCGUCUUCAUCAUCGUGCCCGCCAUCUUCGGGGUGUCCUUUGGCAUCAGACGCCUCUACAUGAAAUCAUUGUUGAAAGUCUUUGAGUGGGCUACACUGAGGAUGGAGAGAGGAGCCAAGGAAAACAAUCAUCCCUUGUAUAAACCCUACUCAAAUGCCAUUAUUGCAAAGCACCCCACUUCCUUGGAAGAAGAAAUGAAGGAGAUUCGACGCAGCGGCAGCAACAAAGACCUGGACUCGGCGCCCGAGUUUGAGAUGUCGGACAUCUUCUAUUUUGCCCGAAGAGGAGUGGAGAGCAUCAUGGACGACGAGGUGACCAAGCGGUUCUCGGCGGAGGAGUUGGAGUCUUGGAAUCUGCUGACACGCAGCAACUACAACUUUCACUACAUCAGCCUGAGGCUGACUGUGCUGUGGGGACUGGGCUUGCUGAUCCGCUACGGAAUCCUUUUACCUCUCAGGGUAACCCUUGCCUUCACUGGUGUUGGCCUCCUGGUAUUCCUCACUUCUCUUAUCGGCUUACUGCCCAAUGGAAGGAUAAAAAGCAUCCUGAGUGAAAAGGCCCACCUUAUGUGCAACAGAAUAUGUGUCAGAGCUCUUACUGCCAUCAUAACAUUCCACGACAGUGAGAAUAAACCCAAAAAUGGAGGAAUCUGCGUCGCCAACCACACGUCACCCAUUGAUGUCAUAAUUCUGGCCAGUGAUGGCUGCUAUGCAAUGGUGGGCCAAAUUCAUGGCGGCUUGAUGGGACUUAUCCAGCGAUCUAUGGUGAAGGCCUGCCCACACAUUUGGUUUGAACGCUCAGAGGUCAAAGACAGACAUCUAGUGGCCAACAGGCUGAGUGACCAUGCACAAGAUAAAUCUAAACUUCCCAUUCUCAUAUUCCCAGAAGGUACAUGCAUUAACAACACAUCAGUUAUGAUGUUUAAAAAAGGAAGUUUUGAAAUUGGCGGCACAGUGUACCCAGUCGCUAUCAAGUAUGAUCCCAGAUUUGGAGACGCCUUCUGGAAUAGCAGCAAGUUUGGAAUGGUCAACUACCUGUUACGUAUGAUGAGCAGCUGGGCCAUUGUCUGCAGUGUGUGGUACCUCCCUCCUAUGUCUAGAAAGGAAGGGGAAGACGCUGUACAGUUUGCCAAUCGGGUAAAAGCAGCCAUCGCCAGACAAGGAGGCCUAGUGGACCUUUUGUGGGACGGAGGGCUAAAGCGAGAAAAGGUCAAAGAUACUUUUAAAGAAGAGCAGCAGAAGCUUUAUAGUAAAAUGCUGGUGGGUACCCAAGAGGAUCGCAGUCGCUCCUGAAAGACUUGCGAGGAGGUGGAUCGGCUCAAAACCCUCAGCGCUGACUGCAAAUGAUGUCAGCUGCGCUCCCGCUUGAGAAUGGGGUUCCUCGACUUUUCUCUGCCUCACACAAACGUCUGCUGUUGGCAGCGUUGUAUCAGGUCCGUUGGAGAUACAUGAAAGAAGCCUCGCCUGCAUUAGAAUGCAAAAGUAGAAGUGCUCUGAGCUAGAGUCAUGUCUUCCUUGUGGUUGAGGAAAAACUUGAUA